UCUAACACAAAUACCCUUUCAUUCCUUUCAUUUUUCUUUCAUUCUUUACGUCUUUCAAUUUAUAGAUUCUGGCACUGACAAAUUUCAUGACCAUUCCUCUUUUUCUUUUGUUCCAAAAUGUCACAUGAAUCACCUAUGAUUCUUAAUGGUUACCAACUCCAGAGAGACAACACCCUUUAAUUCUUAGUGAAAAUGUUUCAAGGAUUGUUGAAACCAAAAAGUUAUACAAAAUGCAAAAAUUGCUUGAAGUUGAUAAAGACAAGAUUAGAAACAAUAAGGAAGAAGCGAAACGCAGUGCAAAAAUUUCUUAAGAAAGAUCUUGUUGAUCUUCUCAAGAAUUCUCUUGAAUACAAUGCAUAUGGAAGGGCUGAAGGGUUAUUGGUGGAGCAGAAUAUGUCAGCUUGCUACGAACUCAUUGCCAAGUUUGCUGGAUGCAUAUCGAGUCAUGUUCGAGAAUUUUCUAAGCAAGACAAUUGCCCUGAUGAAUGCAAGGAAGCCAUACCUUCAUUGAUAUACGCUGCUGCAAGAUUUUCCGAUCUUCCAGAACUACGCGAUUUGAGAACAUUGUUUCAACAGAAAUUUGGGGAUUCUCUUGAUCCUUACACAAGUAAAGAGUUUAUUGAGAGAUUGAGGCAAACUCCUCCUACAAAAGAAAUGAAGAUCCAGCUAUUGCAUGAAUUAGCACAAGAGCACUCUAUUGAAUGGGAUAGGAAGGCUUUGGAGCAGAAACUUUAUUUACCUCCUCCUGUUUUACAUAAAGAGAAAGAGAAACCAAAACAUGGUCAACAAAAUGAUCAUGGUGAUUUGAAAUUCCAAAAGAACAUUAAUGAUAACAUCAAGCCUAAAACAGAUGAUUUCCAAUGGAGGGUGCGAAGAAGCAAUGAAAAUGAAACUGCUAGCACUAACGGUUCAUCCCUUGAUCGCAAAAAGUCUCGUUCAAGUUCAUUCGAAAAUGUAUUUGAGGAGGAGGAAACAGAAACUAAGAAACCAUUUUCCAAUAAGCAUGUUCCACCUCCUUAUGUCAAAGAAGUUAAAGUCGAAAGCAAUAUGAAGAAAACAGUUGAAGCUCUACCUGCUGAAAAGCCGAAACCAAGAUCAGUGAGAAGGAGACCUCUAAAACCACCACCUGUUGAAAACACAGUUAAAGAUUUUUCUGAAACAGGUGGUGCAUUGGAUGAAGAAAUGAUAUUAGAUGGACUUUUAAUGCGAUACGUUAACAAACAAACUCCUAAUGAACCUGGCAUGGGAAAAGAACAUGUAAAGGAUCAAAAUAGAAGGUAUGAAAAAUCAAGUUCACCUGUUGCUAAAACUUGGAGAAGAAAAUCUCUUCCUCAAAGAGAAUCAAGUAGGAUGGAUACAUUACAAGCAAAUGAUAGAGCUACUUCCUUAGUACCUGAAAUGAUGAGGACAACAACCACAGGGCAUGUGCAUCCUAGUCUACCAGAUUAUGAGGACUUGUCGGAUCGUCUAGCAUCUCUCAGAAGAACAUAAUGCCCUAUGAUAUUUUUUGUAACUUUGGAUUGGAUAUUUCUUAUGUUUGUUAAUUCUCCAUAUGGGUGCUGUAUAGACUCUAUUGGUAUGUUUGUAUUUUAAGAUUUGAAUCAGGAUAUAUGAUAAAUUGAUCGUCUAGACUAUAGUUUUUGACCCAA